GCAUUUUCUAGCUUUUGCCUUCUACACCUUUCUCAAAUUUAGUGCUUGGUUUUUCGCAGAAUGGCUGCUUUUGGUAGAUUUGCAAAUCGGGCAUUAAAUUUAACCAGUUUUCGGCCUGUACAAAGAAAUUUUCACAAAUUUAAUAGUGCUAAAAAUGUGCCGAAGAAUUACACAAAAUAUUUGGUUGUUGUGGGUAGCGGUGUGACUGCGUUGAUAUGUGCCAAUUACUUGAAAGCGGAACGUGUGGAGGCGUCCAUUCGAAUGCGAAAGACCGAAGAGGACAACUUGAUGAAGAAAUUGACGUCACGCGAACGGCGCUUCAUCAAAUUUUCUUCUGUGGAAUAUCAAGGGCAAUUGUAUAUGACGCCACAGGAUUUCUUGGAUAGCGUGGUUGAGCAAGAGCCAAGACCUCGUUUGAAACGCCGUGCUUUAAGCGACCAAGAUUUGCAGGUGAUAAAAGACAAUACACCGCCUUUGAAGAAGGGCUCGAAAAUGUUGUUCCGUACUCUAAGGGACAGAGGCAUUAUCUCCUACACAGAAUAUCUCUUUCUCUUAUCUGUUUUAACAAAACCUAUUUCCGGUUUCCGCAUUGCAUUUAACAUGUUCGAUACAGAUGCCAAUCAUCGCGUUGAAAAGGACGAAUUUCUAGUGAUUUUAAGAAUUUUGGGUGGCACCUUCAAGCGGUCGAAAGUCGAUGAGGAGACACGUAAACUUUUGUUAAGUUUAAUUUGGCCUAGAGAAACAGCUGAGUCACUUUUUAUGAAAACUAAAAAAGGAACCAAUGAAAAGGAGCAUGUAAAUAUGGAGCGCAUUUUUAGUGGAGUUUGGAAGGGUAAACGACGCGUACAGGACGAUGGAGAAAAGAAACAACUAAAAGAAGAAGCAGAGAAACUAGCGCAGGACGACUUCAUCGAUGACGACGAAGGGCUGCAGCGCAAGCAUCGCAUCGAUACGACACUACAAAUACAUUUAUUCGGCAAGAAAGGCAAUCAGGAUCUCAACUACGAUGGCUUCCACAAGUUCAUGGAUAAUUUGCAAACAGAAGUGCUGGAAUUGGAGUUCAGCGAAUUCUCAAAGGGUAAUGUCGCCAUCACCGAAAAUGAUUUUGCCAAAAUUUUGCUGCGUUACACCUACCUCAAUACGGAAGAGUACGAUGCCUAUUUGGAGCGUCUAAUGGAUCGCAUUAAGGUGCAGCGUGGCAUAACAUUCGAAGAGUUUCGUGACUUUUGUCGUUUCCUCAACAAUCUGGAAGAUUUUGCAAUCGCUAUGCGCAUGUAUACGCUGGCUGAUCGUGCUAUCUCGCAGAGUGAAUUCUCGCGCGCUGUAAAAAUUUGCACUGGUUUCAAGCUUAGCAAACAUCUGAUCGAUACAGUUUUCGCAAUUUUCGAUGACAAUGGUGACGGUAUGCUGUCGUACAGAGAAUUUAUAGCGAUCAUGAAGGAUCGUGUACAUCGUGGCUUUAAAUCCAGUUCCAAAUCGGAGGGCUGGGAUGCGUUUCGGCAUUGUGUGAAACAUGAAAUGAAGCACUCCGAGUCCAAUUAAAACAAAAUGCCACUGCGCCAAUCAACAGCAGCCGAACAACGAAUAAAUAAAUAAUAAAAAAAAAACUUAGCUAGCAACAGCGUCACUAUUUAAAUCUUUCAAAGUUAUUGUUUAACAAAAUGUAUGCAGGAAAAGGCGGAACGAAGUAUGCAGAAUUUAUCUUGGAAAAACAUAUAUGGAAAGCAAUGCAUAAAUGUAUAGAGUAUAUAAAAAAUGUUGUGAAAGAGAAAAAAUAACAGCCUGUAGGCGAACCAAAGGUAAUUUACGAAAUUUUGCUUUAGUAUUUUUUUUUUUUGUUUUUGAUUGUAAAUUAUUUUAAGAGAGCGAUUUAUUGAAAAUUAUUUAUUUUAUUGCGAAUAUUAUUUAUUUCGUUGUCUAUAUGUAUGUACAUAAAAAAAAACCGUUGUUAUAUUAUUAGCGAAAUAUUUAACAAGGAAAAAAUUCGAAACGCAAAGUAUUAUUUUAUGUAUGUUAAAUAAUACGUAAACUUACGUACAAAUACAUUUAAAUAAGUAACAAAAAUUGUUUGUCCACUACUUCAAUGUUAUGUUUGUGAAAAUGUUUGUUUUAUAUUUGUGUUAGCUAAUUUUAAUUGCCCAUCUCGUUUGUUUUUUAUACAUUUGUUAUUUACAUGGAAAUCGCAGUGCAGGCACUCAGGUCAGCUCAAUACCAAACAUACUUGUACAUUUACGAGCAUUCUUUAAUAAUUAACUACUACAGAAGCAUUUAUGCAAAAUGUAUUAGUCUUCUUGUGCUUAAAAAAUUGUAAAAUAAAACAGGAAUAAUAAUAAUAAAA